UCCAAACCACAUCCACUCCCUCUUAAACUUCACUUAGCUGCCUUGCAACUUGGUUGUGUCGCGUCUUGUUCCACGAUUUCUUUCUUUGAAUUCUUCCAUUUAAGUUUGCCCUCUUUUUCCGUUUCUCUGUGUUCCGAUUUCACUUCAAUCCAGAUGGCGACUUCAUCAGCUUGCCUUAUUGGGAAUGUUUUAUCUACACACAAGAUUAAAACGAAUUUGAGCAAGGACUUCUACGGUAGACGUCUUGUGGUUUCGUCAAGCUUUUCUUCACUGGAAAAGAAGUCCAAAGCAGCCGUCAUAAAGUCCUCUUUGGUCCAAAAACAGCCGGAGGGAAGAAGAGGCUUUCUCAAAUUGUUGCUUGGCAAUGUGGGUCUUGGUGUCUCUGCUUUACUGGGGAGUGGCAAUGCAUAUGCUGAUGAUCAAGGGGUUUCUUCCUCCAGGAUGUCUUAUUCUAGGUUCUUAGAGUAUCUUGACAAGGACAGGGUUAAAAAAGUGGAUUUGUUUGAAAAUGGAACUAUAGCCAUUGUGGAGGCCAUUUCACCCGAGUUGGGUAACCGGGUGCAGCGAGUUCGUGUUCAGUUGCCGGGGCUCAACCAGGAGCUUCUCCAGAAAUUCAGGGAGAAGAACAUUGACUUUGCAGCACAUAAUGCUCAAGAAGACUCAGGAUCUCUGUUAUUCAAUUUGAUUGGGAAUCUGGCUUUUCCACUUAUCCUAAUUGGAGGGUUGUUCCUUCUCUCAAGGCGUUCAUCUGGUGGAAUGGGUGGUCCUGGUGGGCCUGGUUUCCCUCUGGCCUUUGGUCAAUCCAAAGCCAAAUUCCAAAUGGAACCAAACACUGGUGUAACAUUUGAUGAUGUUGCUGGAGUUGAUGAAGCAAAACAAGAUUUCAUGGAGGUGGUGGAGUUUCUCAAGAAGCCUGAGAGAUUCACUGCUAUUGGAGCUCGCAUUCCGAAAGGUGUUCUUCUUGUUGGUCCUCCUGGAACUGGGAAGACUCUUCUAGCCAAGGCUAUUGCUGGUGAAGCUGGUGUUCCAUUUUUCUCCAUCUCUGGUUCUGAGUUUGUUGAGAUGUUUGUUGGUGUUGGUGCAUCUCGAGUCCGAGAUCUUUUCAAGAAGGCCAAGGAGAAUGCUCCUUGCAUUGUUUUUGUGGAUGAAAUCGAUGCUGUUGGACGGCAAAGAGGAACUGGAAUUGGGGGAGGGAAUGAUGAAAGAGAGCAGACCCUUAACCAGCUUUUGACAGAAAUGGAUGGUUUUGAGGGUAACACUGGUAUCAUUGUAGUAGCAGCUACUAAUAGGGCAGACAUUCUUGAUUCUGCCUUAUUGAGGCCAGGACGGUUUGACAGACAGGUUACUGUUGAUGUUCCUGAUAUACGAGGACGAACAGAGAUAUUGAAAGUUCAUGCAGGCAAUAAGAAGUUUGAUGCAGAUGUCUCUCUUGAUGUGAUAGCCAUGAGAACACCUGGUUUUAGUGGAGCAGAUUUAGCAAACCUGUUAAAUGAGGCUGCUAUAUUGGCUGGUAGACGUGGGAAGACUGCAAUUUCAUCUAAAGAGAUUGAUGAUUCAAUUGAUAGGAUUGUUGCUGGAAUGGAAGGAACAGUAAUGACUGAUGGGAAGAGCAAAAGUCUGGUUGCUUACCAUGAAGUUGGCCAUGCAAUAUGUGGAACUUUGACUCCAGGGCAUGAUCCUGUUCAAAAAGUCACCCUUGUUCCUCGUGGUCAGGCAAGAGGUCUUACCUGGUUUAUUCCUUCAGAUGACCCUACCCUGAUUUCCAAGCAGCAGCUAUUUGCGAGAAUUGUUGGUGGUCUUGGUGGCAGAGCUGCUGAGGAAGUGAUUUUUGGUGAGCCAGAGGUGACAACAGGUGCAGCUGGUGACUUACAGCAGAUCACUGGUUUGGCCAAACAGAUGGUAACCACAUUUGGAAUGUCUGAAAUUGGCCCAUGGUCGCUAAUGGAUGGAUCAGGACAAAGUGCUGAUGUCAUCAUGAGAAUGAUGGCAAGGAAUUCAAUGUCAGAAAGGCUUGCUGAAGACAUUGACACUGCCGUCAAGAGAUUAUCAGACAGUGCUUAUGAGAUUGCAUUGAGGCACAUCAGGAACAACCGUGAGGCUAUUGACAAGAUUGUGGAAGUCCUACUUGAGAAGGAAACAAUGACAGGGGAUGAAUUUCGCGCAAUCCUAUCAGAAUUUGUUGAAAUCCCAGUUGAAAAUCGAGUCCCACCUGCAGUUCCCACACCAGUCUCUGUUUAACUAGCAUUAAUCAUACUUAAAAUGCCAUCCACCUUUUGAGCACACUUUAAAUUGGUUGAAUGUAUACUAUUUUUAAACUUGUUUAACUAGCAUUAAUCAUACUUCAAAGGCCAUGUACCUUUUGAGCACACUUUAAAUUUGUUGAAUGUAUACUAUUUUUAAACUUGAUCAAA